GAGACGGUUGGGCGGCUGGUAGCGGUCUGACCCCACCAAAGCCAGAACACCGCGAAGAGCACUGUGUGUCUGGCGGGACACCAUCCCGUCGCAUUGAACCUGGACACGACUGGCUGGCUGAUUCUCUCGCCGAUAUCAACAACCUCAGCCAAGUCGGGAUGCUCAGUCAAGAGAGAACAUAAUGAUCAACGCCUUUCUGGUCUUCAACGGCCAAGGUCAGCCUCGGCUGACCAAGUUCUACACACAGUUGGAAACGAGCAUGCAGCAGCGCCUGAUUUCCGAGAUAUUUACCCUCGUAUCGAAUCGACCGGCCGGAUCUUGCAACUUCCUUCCGCUUCCUCCCCUUCUCGCUGCCUCGGGCACCUCGCACUCAUCAUCCGAGGAAGAGAACGACGUCCCCUCCCUCGUUACCUACCGCAACUACGCGACACUCUACUUCAUCGUUAUCUCCACCUCAACAGAGUCACCACUUGCACUGAUCGAUCUGAUACAAGUCUACGUCGAAGCGCUUGAUAAGCUAUUUGAGAACGUCUGCGAGCUGGACCUCAUUUUCAACUUCGAAACGCUGCACUCAACGCUGGGGGAAAUGAUUGUGGGAGGCGUGGUCAUCGAGACAAAUCUAGAUCGUAUUGUCUCCGGUGUACGCGCGCAAGGCACCGUUGCCAAAAGACCGGUAAACGAAGGCCGUAGCGCAGGGCUGGGAAGCGGGCUUAGUAUGGGAGGCAACUUUGUCUGGCAUGGACGGUGAGGCAGACGGUCCGGUGUUUGAGAGGGAAAUGACUUUGCCAUCGAACAAUAUGUUAUACAUGGGCUUCUAUGCCGGGUAUUCAAAACGCCAUAAACUCCUCCCUAUGCUGGUACACUUUUAUCGGCCGAGGAUUUGUCUAUUUGGGUGUUUCGAUGGGAGCGGGUGCUUCGGGCGCAUCUCUGCGACGUUCGUAUCGCUUGUCAGCCUCGAUUGUGCCAAAGAGACCGCGGACACGCUUUCGGAUCUGGCGAGCAUAGUUAGCACCGAUCGGGAUUUCGGAAUUGGAAUCAACAAGGCCACAUACCUCCUCAGACGGCCUGUAUUCCUUGCCAAAGAACUCGAGCUCGGAGAAGAAAAAUGUCCAGCCAAGGAAACCUAGAGGUAGUUAGCAUAGAGCCCAAGCAGUUGCUGGAAGGGCUUUACAGACCAAUCACAGUGGCAAGCUGCGCAAGCUUAACGGCCU